CAUAAUUCAUCAUCUCAAUAAUUAAUUUUAAAAAACCCGUAAAGAAUGGCAUCCGAGAUUUCGAAGAAUCGCAAUUCACAAAGCGAAGCUGCUGCUACGACGUCGUCAGUGACGAGCCAGCUUCAUCUGUCCAAGUCAUCCUCUGCUCCAUCCUCGGCUCUUGACAGAGACGCUGUUCUCAGCCGUCUUCGCCACCACAAGCGUGUCCAGACGGUUCGCAGAAAACUGAAGGCGGUGUUCGGAAACCCUCCGCCGCCGCCCUCCGCCGCGGAAUCGACUGACACUUCGUCGGCCUGUGAAGAUAACAAGUGGCUGCAGUUGAGUGAUGUCUUCUUCUCCCCGUAACAUUCAUAGAUUCCCUGGUUGGGAUGAGGCCGGCAGCAUUGGAUGCUCAGAAUUUCUUAGGGAGUGUUUGGGAUUGCUUGUGCUUUUUGAAAGUGAUUUUUUUAAGAGAUUACUGAAAAAGUGAUUUAUAGUAAAAGUGGGUAGUGUUUGUAAAUAGAAGUGAUUUUGGUUAAAAGUUAAAAGUUGAUGUGUUUGAUAAAAAAAGUGAUUCCUAAAGUAAAUUACAAAAAUAACCUCCA